CCACAAUAAAAAGUUCGUUUUCAUCGGCGGCUACUCGGGCGGAGUCAGAUUCAAUUGCCAUAGUCUAAUUUUUUGUGAUGAUUAAUCAGUGUACAAACGGUAUUUUUCUACAGAUUUCGCGUUUUUGUGUUAAUUAAUUUGUGCAUCAAGUGUCCGUAAGCAGUAAGGAAAUUUGUGUUUUUACAAUGGGUUGUGCAGUUAGCGCAUCUAGGGAUAAAGAAGCCCAGGAACGUUCAAAGAAAAUUGAUGCUAGAUUGAGACUCGAUGCUGAACGACAGGCAGCUGAAGUGAAAUUAUUGCUUUUGGGUGCUGGCGAGUCCGGAAAAUCGACCAUCGUGAAACAAAUGAAAAUUAUUCACGAAACAGGAUAUUCGCCGGAAGAAUGUGAACAAUAUCGACCCGUCGUGUACAGUAACACAAUACAGAGUUUAAUGGCAAUAAUACGAGCGAUGGGACAACUGCGCAUUGAUUUUGCCGAUCCGAAUAAAACAGUAAGUUUCACUUGGAUCUGUACUCACCGAGUUCUCAACUCAAAAUCGAUUUUUUUUUCAAAGGAUAUUGCACGACAGUUUUUCACAUAUGCAACCCAAGCGGAAGAGGGAGUUCUCACUCCAGAAUUGGUGAUGUUAAUGAAAAAAUUAUGGUCUGAUCCCGGUGUGCAAUUGUGCUUUUCGAGGUCCCGUGAAUAUCAACUGAAUGACUCAGCCGCUUAUUACUUAAAUACCUUAGAUAGAAUAUCACAGCCUAAUUAUAUUCCAACACAACAGGAUGUGUUAAGAACUAGAGUUAAAACCACCGGCAUAGUUGAAACACAUUUCAGCUUUAAGGGACUACAUUUCAAGAUGUUUGAUGUGGGAGGUCAACGCUCGGAACGAAAGAAAUGGAUUCACUGUUUCGAGGGCGUCACGGCUAUUAUAUUCUGCGUUGCAUUAUCCGGCUACGAUUUGGUGCUGGCCGAAGACGAAGAAAUGAAUCGGAUGAUCGAAUCGAUGAAGCUGUUCGAUUCCAUUUGCAAUUCGAAAUGGUUUGUGGAAACGUCGAUCAUUCUGUUCCUGAACAAAAAGGAUCUGUUCGAAGAGAAGAUAAAUCGUUCGCCGCUGACGAUCUGUUUCCCCGAGUACACAGGUUCGAAUACAUACGAGGAAGCGUCCAGCUACAUACGAAUGAAGUUUGAAAAUUUGAAUAAGCGAAAAGAUCAGAAGGAGAUUUAUACGCAUUUAACGUGUGCCACCGAUACGAAUAAUAUCCAAUUUGUGUUUGAUGCGGUCACCGAUGUUAUAAUUAAGAAUAAUUUGAAAGAUUGUGGUCUGUUUUAAGGGCGGGGAAGUGGGACCGAAAAUCUAAUUGAUUCAUUGAAUGGUAACAAUACAACACACACACAUUAGAGAGUAAACUUAGUGAAACUUAGACACGUAAGUCUCUGCACAAAAAAAAAUUGUUUUUAUUUUAUUUAACACACAAAAAGAAAUGGUGAGCUCAAUUUGUUGUCGAUCGAGUAGAUGUGCGGUUGGUGUCACAUUUUUUUUAUCAGCCUAAAAACACGAAAAAAAAUGUCAUUGAUUUAUGCGGGCCAGAGUUGGUGCCUGCGCACCCAAAUCAACUUAUGUUCAUUCCGCACAAGAUUAUUUUUUAAAACUUACAAAGUGAUUGCACGGAUAACACCAACAAAAAUUCCAUUGUUAGAGUGACCUGGCAUAGAGGUGACACCCUUUGAACUUGUUACAUUUUCAUUUUCUUCUCACUCUUGAAUACCAAUGCCAAACUUUAAAAAAACGAAUUGACUGAAGUUAGUGGCACAUUUUACCACCCAUCCAUAACUUGGUCAGUGUUGGUCUAAAUGUUCCUAAAUUGACUUAUACUUACUGUAGCACGAAUAUAUAAUCAACAACAACGGGGAGAGAAUAUUUUCUCGUCCCGGUUUAUCACAACCACUAAAUGUUUUAAAUUGUCACAAAUUUACGAAACCUUUGGACUAAUUUUGCUUUUUUCUAUUUUAAAUGCAAGAUCGACUUUACUCAAUGUAUAAUACAGGAAUUGUCUUAAACACAAAAGAAUGAGAAAAUGACAAAAUUUUUGUAGCAAAAUUUUUCUUAGAGCGAAAACGAAACGUUUUCGUAGUAAGGUGGGAAGGGAACACAGAAAGUAUUUCUGAUAUUUUUGUAUAACGGAGAUUUUAGUAGAGUGAAUGUACGCUUUAGUGAAUUGUUUUGCACCCAUCAAUGUAUAAUGUUGUUAAAUCGUCGAUGGGCACCAAUCCGGUAAAGAAAAUUGGCCAUGCCGAAACUCUUGCCAUUAUGACGAUAUGAAGGAAAAUCUUCAGAUAAUUUAAAAGGAACGAAAGAAAUCCGAGGACGCAAGAUUAGUUGUCAGCCCAGUUUGCUUGAAAGGUAUGAAUUUUGCAAAAGAUCAUUUAAAGUUAAUGAGAUCCGUUUCUCGGUAAAAUUAUUUUUGAAAAUAUCCGCCACUAAUCACGGGGGAUGCGAGCAACGAAUUCAGAAUUUUACUCUGUUUCACGGAGUAAUUUUUCUUCCGUAUUUCAUGGAAGCCUACAACCAAUAACGGCAAGAAUUUCUGCCUUUCCUUUUAUUUACGUUAGUGGUGUCUUCGCCUCGCUGAAUAUUUACAGGCUGAUGCUGAGAAAUCUGAGUUGAAAAGUGAAAAACCGAAUAAAUCGACCGAUUAAAUUAAGAUUGCUAUUCUAGUCUGGGACGCGGACAGUCAAUCCAUGUGGUUGCACUUCGUUGACGAUGUACCACCCAAGUGACAACGGAAGUGGAAGCGAUUUUUCAUGUGCAAUUUU